GUGGAGCGGCCGCCGGCGAUGCCUGACGCAUCGGUGUGAGCAGCGGUCAGUGACGCGAUGGAGCGAGCAAGGUCAGCUGCGCCGGUGGCUUCUCUCAAGAGACAGCCUGGGGAGCAGCCACUUUUAUUCAUCAGAUAUUCCAAGUUUUCAGGACUUGGAGUACUCAAUAAACUGGGCAUUUGGGUCCUAAAGUCCUUUGUUCUGGAGAACCAGAUCCGGAAUGUUCAGAGGCUUGUGGCUGUGCCGUUCGCCCCGAUGGUACCCUGUCCGCUCGCUUCGGGGCGCGUCCUCCAUCCGCCCCCAGCUGUGGUGUCGCCACAGGGAUCGCUUACACCUGAGACGAACUACAGAACAGCACGUACCAGAGGUGGAAGUCCAAGUCAAACGCAGAAGGACUGCCUCACUGAGCAACCAAGAGUGUCAGUUGUACCCGAGGCGUUCCCAGCAGCAGCAAGUACCUGUGGUGGAUUUCCAGGCUGAACUGAGGCAGGCAUUCUUAGCUGAGACACCAAGAGGUGGUUAAAGCCAUAUUGGAAUAGCGAAGAAUCUGAUUCCAAGCAAAAACCAGGCUCCGUCUACUCUUUGAAGCUUCUGCCCAGCUUGCAUUGUUUCUAGGAGAACCUGCGUCCUACCUUUAUCUAUAGCCUUCCCCUAGGUCUUCAGAAGCACCAAGUUUUAACUGUGGACAUUGGAUUUGGUGGAACAGCAAUCAUGACUGUGGGCAAGAGUAGCAAGAUGCUGCAGCACAUUGACUAUAGAAUGAGAUGUAUCCUACAAGAUGGCCGAAUCUUCAUUGGCACCUUUAAGGCUUUUGACAAGCAUAUGAAUUUGAUCCUCUGUGAUUGUGAUGAGUUCAGAAAGAUCAAGCCAAAGAAUGCGAAGCAACCAGAGCGUGAAGAAAAGCGGGUUUUGGGUCUGGUGUUGCUGCGUGGGGAGAACUUGGUAUCCAUGACUGUGGAGGGGCCACCCCCCAAAGAUACUGGCAUUGCUCGGGUACCACUUGCUGGAGCUGCUGGAGGCCCUGGGGUUGGUAGGGCAGCUGGUAGAGGAGUACCAGCUGGUGUGCCGAUUCCCCAGGCCCCUGCUGGAUUGGCAGGCCCUGUCCGAGGAGUUGGGGGACCAUCCCAGCAGGUAAUGACUCCACAGGGAAGAGGCACUGUAGCAGCUGCUGCCGUUGCUGCCACUGCCAGCAUUGCUGGAGCCCCAACACAGUACCCACCAGGACGGGGGACUCCGCCCCCACCUGUUGGCAGAGCAACCCCACCUCCAGGCAUUAUGGCUCCUCCACCUGGUAUGAGACCACCCAUGGGCCCACCAAUUGGGCUUCCCCCUGCUCGAGGGACGCCAAUAGGCAUGCCCCCUCCGGGAAUGAGACCCCCUCCGCCAGGAAUUAGAGGUCCACCUCCCCCAGGAAUGCGUCCACCAAGACCCUAGCAUACUGUUGAUCCAUCUCAGUCACUUUUCCCCCUGCAAUGCGUCUUGUGAAAUUGUGUAGAGUGUUUGUGAGCUUUUUGUCCCCUCAUUCUGCAUUAAUAAUAGCUAAUAAUAAAUGCAUAGAGCAAUUAAACUGUGAGGUACUGUUGUAUAUAUUUUUUUGCCUGUUGAUUUUGAUGAGAUCUUAAGUUACUGUGGAUGAGGUGAUGCCUAUUAAGCAGUAGAUUCAAAUCAUAUUCUCUUUCAUUCUUAGGAUAAAAAGGUUUUCUGCUUUCUAACUUUCACUUUGUGCAUUGACUGGUGUUAGUUAAUAGUGUUUUCAUGACCCAGGGGGUUUUAAGUGGUUGUGCUGCUUCCCACGUGGCCUCCUGCUUCUCCUGUUACUAAGUCAUGUUAUCUGAAGGGAAGUGGGGAUGGGAUGAAAGCCCUUGUAAGGCCACCUGUAUAUUGAAGGAAAUUGUAAUGAAUCACGAUCAUGCUCGUUACGUAUCAAGGCUUUUGAAAUAGAAGUUACUCUUUUUCUUGGGAUGUUGACCUCAGUUGAUCAGGUUUUACAGUGCCCUAUGAUCACAAUAGAGGAUGUGAUACUGGAAUAAUCAUUUUCUACCAUUGAGUAAGUAUUUAUUUAUAAAUUACUAAAUGAGUGGAAGGUCCUGGGUGCUGGGAGGCAGGAGGUUGCAUAUUUGAGCGAGUAAGUUGGAUCACUGAUAAUAGAGAUAACUGACACACUAAACCAUACUUGGUGCACUGAAAUACAAAUUACAGUUAUGUUCAGUGGUGUCACUAAGUGACAAAUUGGGAGUAAAUAGUUCAGGAAUUCCCGAGUCUCUAGGUCCAGUUCAAGUUGGUUACGGGACAAAGAAGCCAUUCUUAAAAGGGAAGAGAUUUUUAGGUUUUGCAGCUAAGGUUUAUAGUAGGCAGCAAGGGAAUGAUUCAUAGUGAUUGUAACAGUUGAUUACCAGGUACUAUAGAGAUUGGUGUUAGCUCCAUGAUAAUACUGAUAGACUGAUUGGAGUUACGUUUUUUCUCUUGAAUUUACCAGGAGUGGUUGUGAAUGUCACCUUUUCCAUCUUUUAAAUCACAUCCUUGCAGGUGGUAAUUACUCAAGGAAAAGGAACUAUCAGAGUAACAGCAGUUCCUGUUACUGACUUGAUAUGGUCUCUGCCUGAAUAGCUUCUUGGAUUAAUGGCCACUGUCAGGUAAGGAAAAUAAAGAGGCCAAGCCUAGUUGCUUUAGGAGUUACAUAAUACAGGUGCGACAUCAGUGUUCUCAGAAUUUGUAAAUGUUAAACUUCUUGAUUUACCAAAGCCACAACCAAAGUACUUUAUCUGGAUCUUUGAAGACAGAGCUCCUCAGUUCACACAAAUUGACUGAUGAAAAGACAAACACUUUUCCUCUACAAACUGUGGGGUAGUAUGUAGAGCAACCUGUGAUUUCUUCCCCUACUGCUCUGGAGUUACUUCUAAUUAUACUUUUUUGUUUGUUUUUGGAGGGGAAGCAUUUCUCCUUGCAUUGGUUUGCUGGUGUGGAUGGCCCUUAGAUUUUGGCAUGAGUGAUUAUGCAGCAUAUUUGAAGAAAACCUGUUUUCAGGACCUUUUUAAUUAAAUAUGGCCUGUUGCAUGAGUUAAAGCGUCAUGUGAUACCAUUUUUUGACCACUUAGUUGAUGCCUCUGAAAGGAAGAGAGAAUCUGAUCGCUAAAAUUUGAUGUGUCGUCAGUGUGGAUCCUACUCAGUAGUGUCACAACGAGGCUGAAAAUAAUAAUAAGUGCUUUUAACACAGAAACGUAAACUGCUCAGGUAAAAUAACCUUGUAAAGAAAAAUAAGAAUAUAUUGCGGAGGCCUUGGCUAGGUUCAUGAUGACACAGGACCUUGUCUGAACAUAAUGAUUUCAAAAUUUGAGCUUAAAAAUGACACUCUGAAAUCCAGUCAGUGUGCCUCAUUAGACUUUUCGAUUUCAAGAUUUUCUGCAGAAAGUGUUGUGAAAACUUUGAAUACUUAAAAAUGACAGAUGUAGUAUUGCACUUUGCUAGUUGCUCAGAUACUGUUUUUUAUUUGUAUAGAUAUUCUGAGUUCCUUUUUUUUCCUACAUGUUGUACGUUGUUGAAAGCUAAAAGGAAACUUACCCUUGGACCACAGAAGGCACAGGCACUUGUUGAGAUGGAAACAAGGAUGUGUGAAAAUGAGACUGCCACCUCUCGGAUAAAAAAAAAAAAGCGCCAGAGUUCUAGGG